CAUAGAAGAGGCAAUGGCGACAGAUAAGCCACUGAGAUUAGUUGCAGAUGCUUUCAAGGAACUGGCAGCCAUCGUUAGUUCACCAAACCCGAAGGUGUCGAUUAAACAGUACUCUGAUGCGUGUUCUCUCUUCACAAACCUAUUUGGUAUUCUUGAAACAGCCUUCAGGUUUGCCAAGAUAGACUACCUAGCUAAGGUUAAUGAUCUUGCCAAGGCAUCAAGCUCAAUAUCGACAUUACAGCUAAUGGUUGACAUAGAUAUUAACUCGGGCUGUGAAAUGAAAAAAGAUAGUCACACAAGAUGCCUUUUGUGGACAAAGCGUGUUCUUGAAAUGGUCAGGGUUCUGUUCGAAGAGAUAAUCGCAACUAAUGCUGAUAGCUCCCUGAAGGAUGCGGCUUUCAAGGCUUACAAUCAAGUGUUUGCUAACUACCAUGGACAGGUUCUUCAAGCCUCUGCAGCUACAGCAAUGGACUCUCUCGCCUCAAGGAGCACUCUACUUCUCAUGAUCAAUGAAACUGAGGAGACAGCUAAGAUAUAUAUGCAAAGCUAUGUUACUGCAUCAAAACCAGUAACUAAGUACGUCGAUGACCUCUUCCUCUCAAAGAACCUUGGUAUUGAUUGGUGAAGACCCUGAAAACUUACAUGUCCUUGGCCAGUUCCCCAUUAUUUUCACUCUUUAAUAGACUAUGAAUCUAUCAACCCAUGUAAUAUCAAUAUCGCGUCCAAAAACUAUUGUUAUUUCAUGAACCGAUUUGGUUAAGUUCAAAUAAAUCAUCGUUAUAAAGCGCA